CGCGAAUUUCACCUCACAGGCCAUACACACAAAUCGACAUCAUGACAGACUUACUCGUUUCAAAGCCUCUUGAGCUACCAUGCGGCCUCACGCUGCCCAACCGCCUCGUCAAGGCAGCCCUCGCUGAGGAAAUGGCUGAUCGCCAAAACCUCCCUACAACAGAGCAGAUGGAACGCACAUACGGUGCCUGGGCUGACGGAGGUUGGGGCAUGAUCUUGACUGGAAAUGUUCAGAUUGACGAUCGCUACCUCGGUGGAUUUUCUGAUUGCUCCAUCAAUGGGAAGCUGCCAGAAGAAAAGGUCCUUGAGGCGUAUAAGAAAUUCGUUAGUGUCUGUCGAAGAAAGGGGGCGCCAACGAUCAUGCAAAUCAACCAUCCCGGUCGACAAUCGCCCAUUGGAGCUGGCAGCAAAUCAUUCUUGGCUAAGAAUAUCGCCCCGAGUGCUGUUCCGCUUGAUAUGGGGAACGACAUUAUUUCAAAGAUCGUGACGACCUUUGUCUUUGGUUGUCCAAAGGAGAUGACCCUCGAGGACAUUGAUGAUGUUGUGAAGCGGUUCGCCAAUACAGCCCGAAUUGCAGCGGCAGCCGGUUUUGAUGGAGUUGAGAUUCACGCCGCUCACGGAUAUCUCCUUUCACAGUUCCUGUCUGCAAAGUCUAACAAGCGAACGGAUGCAUAUGGAGGAUCAGCGGCAGCCAGGGCAAAGAUCAUUGUCGAUGUUGUAAAGGCGAUCCGAGCAGCAACGCCAGCGAACUUUUGUGUCGGCCUUAAAAUGAAUUCUGCAGACCACCAGUCUCCCACUGAACUUCAAGAGUGUCUGGAGCAGAUUGCUCUGAUCACGGAGGUUGGUUUGGACUUUUUAGAAGUCAGUGGCGGAAGCUAUGAGAACCCAACUAUGUUUACCGGAACUGGUGAGAAGAAAGCCGCCAGUACAGCUGCGCGAGAGUCCUUCUUCCUCGAAUUCGCCCACGAGGUUCGUGCUAAGUUUCCAAAGGUGCUCUUGAUGGUCACUGGCGGAUUCCGCACGCGAGCGGGUAUAGAAGACGCCUUAAGUCAAGGUGCUUGCGAUCUUAUUGGAAUCGGCAGGCCUUCGAUCAUCAACCCUUCUCUACCGGCGAGUAUCAUUUUGAACAAGGAGGUCAAGACUGAGGAUGCGAAGCUCUAUGCGAAGAGAAUUCAUACGCCUUGGAUUCUGAAGCAGAUUGGACCCAAGAGUGUUGGAUCCGGUGUUGAAAUUACAUGGUACAGGAAUCAACUGCAGUCUAUUGGAAAGUGAGGGCAAGAUCGCGCUUUGGAGUUGUUGAUUUCUCUGGAUUUAGGAUAUCCCAAGGCCGCGCUGGACAUUUUUGGUGCACAGUGACAUUGCAGAAUAAUUCCCGGUGCUUGAGCUUGAUUAGAACAAUAGACUUGUUGUCCCGUGA